AUGGGAUCUUCUUCAGGGCAAAGUGGAUACGAUCUGUCGUUUAAGAUCUUGUUGAUUGGAGAUUCUGGUGUUGGUAAAAGCAGUUUGCUUGUGAGCUUCAUUUCUAGCUCCGUUGAAGAUCUUGCUCCUACUAUUGGUGUUGAUUUCAAGAUCAAACAAUUGACAGUAGGAGGCAAAAGACUGAAACUCACAAUAUGGGAUACAGCUGGACAGGAACGGUUUAGAACAUUGACGAGCUCUUACUACAGAGGCGCACAAGGAAUCAUUCUCGUUUACGAUGUGACGAGAAGGGAGACAUUUACAAACUUAGUAGAUGUGUGGGGUAAAGAGAUUGAGCUUUACUCCACAAACCAAGAAUGUGUUAGGAUGCUUGUUGGAAACAAAGUCGAUAGAGAAUCUGAGAGAGGAGUUAGCAGAGAAGAAGGGAUUGCUCUAGCGAAAGACCUCAAGUGCAUGUUUCUUGAGUGUAGUGCUAGAACUCGACAAAAUGUGGAGCAGUGUUUCGAAGAGCUGGCUUUGAAGAUAAUGGAGGUACCUAGUCUUUUGGAAGAAGGAUCAAGUGCUGUGAAGAGAAAUAUCUUGAAGCAGAAACCAGAAAACCAGACUACUACUCAAGCUGGCUGUUGCAGCUCGUAA